AUGAUCUCCAUGCAGCGGUCCCUCUCUUCUCCUGUUCGCAUACACUCUUCACCACCUUUAUCGCCCACCAACACCCAGCUGUCAGAGUCACCGACGCCCUCCCCUGAGAGUCGUCGCAGCGACAAGUCCCGUCCGCGUCGGUUCCGCUCAAGGAGUCCAAGCGAGGCCCGUCUCCCCGAGCCUGUUGUCGCACCUGUCAUCUCGCUGCCCGUACGACGGAGUAUUGAUAGCGAAAGGCAUAGUUAUGGCUCACCAGGACACCGCAGAAGCGCAAGUGCGCAAAAGAAGCCCCUCGUAGCCCAGGAGUCAAAUCCGACCACUGCUGCUACUGCUGCUGCUCCCGCUGCCGCUGCUGCUGCUGUUGCAAUUCCAAGCAGUGAACCGACACCGAGCAAGUCGUCAAAUCCACCGGAGGAGGCACCCACAUAUGAAAGGACUGAGCCCACAUUGACAAGCAAACCACCACCUUUACUGCGUGAUGCAUCCCUAUACUCGAAUCCGCAACUCAAUUUUGAGACUGAAGGAACCACGCUGGAAGAGCUUGCGCACCUUGUUCGCCUGUCCAAGUACCAGGAGCGCAAGCGCGCAAACACCCGAGUGCGGCUCCAGAGGAGCUUGAUCUCGACCGCCCUCUCCGCGCGCCUGACCCGUUGCGGUGAAAUCACCCAGAGGAACCUAGCUGACCAUUUUCGGACCGAGGACAAAAAGGCUUUCGCAAAUCUCUUUGGUGCCAUUCAUGAUGUCCGGAACAGCUGUGACGAUACCCGCCGAUAUGCCUUGCUGGAACCUGAUACGGAAUCCGUAAAUUCUCCUGGACUGGUCUCGACCGAGAACUUGGACACGCCAACGAGCGGGAUUGGAAGCAAUGCUGGUAUCGGCUCCGUUGUGCCAUUCCUCAACGACAUAUCUGCCUCUGCUCGGGAAGCAUUUCUAAAUUUCCUAACACAGAUCCGCACAAAUCCGGACUACUUGGCAUCUCGACUUUCUUCUCUGACCAACACUGAACUCCAAGCCUUGAACACAUUCCACCAGGGAUCUGAGCCGGUGGAGUCUGUCUUACCCUUGUACAGCAGCCGUCCUAGUGGGCGUGGUCCACCAAGCACUUCCAUCAGGACUGCACCCCAGUCUCCCAACGCCGUUGAGCGGCUUCUUUCUUUUCAGCGCCACGAUGCCCUGUCAGCACUUAUACAUACCACUUUUGCCAAUUCCGCCGGACCGGAUAGUGCUGAGGAUAGACGACGAAAUGACAUCUGGGCUAACGCAUGCGCCCGUCUAAUCUCGGAAGCCAAAUUCUCCAACUCGGCCAACGAAUCGAUCCUGUACUCCGUACUUGACGUCUGGUAUGCUAUGCGAGAUUGGUCAGGUCGGUCCAAUAUGGAAUGGUAUCUCAUGAAGAUCCUGGAAGACGGGGCUUUCCUGCUUGACCGAGCAGAGGACCAGAAUGGAACUCGCUUCAAUAUUUCGGAGUGGACUCACAAAGACAAUGUCGCCAGCGAUGAGUUCUAUGACCGGGCCAUUGAUGACCUGUUCGAAGUCCUAGAUGACGAAGACGCAACUGGCAUCCCCGAAGGCGUCAUCGAACUUGGCAGCGAAAUACUCAGGCGUUUGGAUCCUAGGCUCAUUGAGAGUGUCAGGCGUUGGUUUGUAUCUAAAUGGCUAUUCGGCCACUGGCUCCCUGAUAUUGUCGCUUAUCCUGAACGCCAUGGCAUGAUGGCCGAGUACCAUAUCACCGAGUAUGGAAGACAGAAGAUUCUCAAGAAGGUCGCUGCCAAGGCCAAGGAUUUAGUCAUCGAUAUGACAUGGACCAGUGCCAAGAAACCUGUGGCUACGCCUCCCAAGGUCAAGACACAUGUCGAGAACAUUCUGAGACGCUUCAAGCCCUCGAGGUCCCAGCGGAUUGGAAGACUCUUGCCAGCCAGGUCCAUAACCUCUUUGAGAGAGACAGCCGAAGUGCAUCCAUAUUUGGUUAUCAGCCCUGCUGACCUGCUGACUCUAGUGAACGCCUUGUUCCCUGAACGGAGGCCACAAUCUGCUCAUUCGAGUAGCAUUCGUUCCGGCGCGCCAUCUAUUUCUGGUUUCUCUGCCAUAUCUCAGCCCAUUUCCUUUGGAACAUCUCGCAGCAAUUUCGACACCGCUUCAGUCCUCAGUCUCAGCACGUCUUCCGUCGUCAGCGAUGCAGCAACCUCAAAGGAGCCCCUACUGGACGACCCGAUGGGCACCCCCCAGCGUUACUCUCCACCUGUACUCGAAAGCGGUAGCCAGAAAAGAUCGAGCAAUUACGAAGAUGAUGGAUAUCGGCUCAGGCUCGCCAUGCAUGAAAUGGUACAGAUCCUGGGCCACGAUGUUGUUUCCGGCUCCUGCCAUCCUUGUGCGGAACGGUGGGCAGUGCUCUUCAUUUCCGCCGAUGGCAACAAUUUGUCUUUACAGAUGACAUAUGACCCAGAUGAUGACCCAGAAGAAGAGAACUCAUCAACUACGAGUGACACGGAAGACGAAGAUUUGGAUGAUAGGCCAGAGCUUGAUAAGGAUUAUCAUCAAUUGCGGGACUCUAUCCUCAAACUCGUAGAGGAUUUCGAAAUUCCUCGUGGUCUCGAGGACGACGGUGCAAAAACCACUCUGAGCAACCGGGCUACCGGACUCAAGAAGUACAGGUCAAAGAACAAGAUCAUUACCACCGAAUCCUCUAUGGCUAGUAGGAAUCCGUACCGAAGAUUAGAACAAGAAAAGAGAGAGCGGAGCAGCUCUCAGACAUCACCCACGGCUCUGUCUUCUGCUGAUCAAGAACCACCUCAUGGGCCCGAGCCGCAGCCAGUUCUUGUGAUCAUGCUGGAGGCAGCAUCGUCGCAGUCUCGAGUGCAGUCAGAUUUCGUGUCGGCCCACCUAUACUGGAGGACGUUGCAACAGCUCAACGCCCUGUCGUCGCCUUCACUUCGCAAGAACGGGUAUGCAACUCUGCUGAACAUUUUUUCCCGUGGACCGAGAGACUCGAUACGCCGGUCCCAUGCGGCUGUCGAGGAGUACGAUGCGUGGCUGGUAUGGCUCAAGCAAAGCCAAGAACGACAUGAAGGUCUCAUCGAUUCCAUGAUGAAAAGGCUGAAGACGCUGCGGGACAAGAUGUGGUAUGUCACUGACGUGCACAACUCCGCGCCAUACGAGCACACGCGCAGCAUUUGUAGCGCAUUGAAGAUCAUGGGAGUGCCGAGGAGAUGGGGCACAUUUCAACGCACUCGAGCUCAACUAUCGCGUGGCCCAGCAGCGAACUACCUCUACAAGAACGAGUCGCAAAUGCUUGACAUUCUAGCUGCAAGCGAAGAACAAGGCGGUCCUAAUAAGCUCAGCGAUGACCAAGCAGACAAGACGAGCAAGUGGCUCCAUCAAAUGCGUAUCGAGAACAUCUGCCAAGGAGAGGAGCGUAUACAUCGCUUUUGUUGUGAACUUGACAGCUGCGUUAGCAAACUGGUCGGCGACACAAUCGUCGAUGGCCCAGUGCUCUGGUCAAGCGAGCUAUUUCAGCGAGAUCGAAAGGCGCUCGAAGGCGCCACGAAGACUCUCAGAGAGCGAGACAGCUUCUGGGGAGGAGAUGACGCCGCCAGUGUCAUCAGUGAUCCCGAACGACGCUACACAUCACCAUCAAACCGGCCCAAUUCCAUCGCGAGAGACCUUCGAUCAAUGACCACUCACAACGUCAGCCAGAUAUCUUUCGACUCUAGAUACAACUUUUCGCGAAACAGCGCUGCGAUGUCUGAUAUUCUAGACUCUGAGGGCUACUUUGGCGUCGCAUCCCCAGUGCAUACUAUGGAUACCAAUUCCACAUUUUGGUCUCCGUUCCAUUCGACAAUGCCAUCGGCAACUUCGGUAGCCUCGAGAGCUCAUUCUCCCACAACCAGCAUCUCCAACUUUUCCAACUCUUUCUCUCAUCCUUAUGGUCGCCCAAUCCCAUCUCAACAGUCCGGUGGACGUCCCGGCACCUCUACGUCGUCCAACGAGACUGUCCAUCUCCAGCGUCAAUCAGAGGAGAAACAACGCUUUCUUGAAGACUUGCGACAAACGUUAGCCAGUCUUCUACUUUCCGACCUCGGCAAUUAUGUCUUCUCCAUGGGGUCCGAGACCGAUGCUUGGUUCGACGGGCUGGGCCAGCAGUGUAUCGACAGACGCGAGGAGCAGGAGCAGCGCAACCGUCGACAAUCUGCCAAAAAGGAUCGAACUGCGAAGAAUGGUCUAAAGCAUCGUGUCAUCGAGAAGAAGAAAAGUUUCGGAAACCUUCGUGUCGCAGGCGAAAACGCUGCUGCUGAGUCAACCUCGGAACAGUCCGAAACGCCGACCGUGCAAAGCCAGACCAGCACCGGAUCCAACAGUACCAUUUCUGGACGGAGCCGACGGCCGAGCAAGGAUAGUCCGACGGACUUUCCUUACAAGAAAGCUUACCAGCGCUUGCUUAGACAAUUCUGUGUCCACCCAAAUCCCCAGACUAAGCUGGCCGCGCUCUUCGAGAUGAAGCACCUGGUCGAGGCGUCCCUUGCAACAAGCGGUCGACGCUCGAAAUGGGCUUUGCGAAACCAACUUGCAGCUCAAGAAGACCAUCUUGGCAGUACAGGGGUGUUGGAGGAUGCAAUUGAUAGUGUCAGGGAGCGUCGAUCGCAGGCAGUUCUAUCGCCGAUUCUGUCUCCUGUCCACAUGCGCUCGUCAGCUAAUGUCGAAACUCGUUCUAUUGUGUCUGUGGCCCCUGCAAACACUGACGCCAUCGCGAUCGUGCUUGAAUCACUAUUCAAGGACCCGAGCAUACGUCCCAAGACCCUGUUCCGCGACCUACAAUACAUUGCGUCUUUUGUUCCGGCAGAUAUUCUGGAUCGUUCGGAGAAGGGCAAGGCGUUUUUUGACACAACUUUAGCUGCACUGGCACUCAAGCAAGAGGUCUGCAAAACCAUGGUCGAGGUUGCGGACGAAGUCAUCAAGAUGGACCAGCAGAUCAGAAAGCCUUCGUCAACAGCCGGUAGUAGCGACGGUACAGACUCAACACGGUCUCCAACUGCGUACUCACUUUCGGAUGCUGCCAAAAUGCUAACCAUCACGGCCAAGGAAGGUUCACACACAGCGCAAAGGGAGCUUGGUUUCUUCAAUCUCAGCUAUCCAGAGCUUGUUGAGAGAACUAUCAUGCCCCUUUCCAAACCGCGCGAAGUGUUCAAACAAUCUCUCAUGGAGAAGUUUGGCGCGAGACCAGGAAGCAGUGCUAGACACCCUGCUGACAGGAUUCGCGGCUUGGGAUCCUCGACAUCUCCUGCUGGGGGUUCCGAUGGCAGCAAGGAUGUCGAUGUCAAGAACGAUCCAGCUUUACACUGUGUCGCCUUUCACUGGUUUGGCGUUGCAGCUCAGGGCGACGACGAAGUUGCGAAGCUGUUCCUGGAGCAAAACGAAAUCAACCGCACAUGA